ACUGAUAACAUGAUAAUGUUAAUGGAUUAGGAACGUUUUGUAUCUGGAUAUGGCUAUUAUGGUUCAACCAUAUAUUCAACUCUCUAACUAGGGUUCUGCUUGAAUUUGCAACAGGAUUGUAUUUACAAUUGUUGCUGGCGAACUCUUGCGUUCUUGGUAGCUGUAUUUACAUUUAAAUGGUCAUAAUGGUUUAAGAUGAUAAUGAUGGGGGAUGAGGAGACGUGGAGUAGGGAUGUCAGUGGAGUAUUUCUUUGCUGUUGAUGAGAGGAGGAAAAGGGUUUUUAUAUCAACAAAUCCUACAUGAUAGUUAGGGUCCUUCUUGCCGCUUCAAUUGCGGCUUUAGCAGUUAAGCGGCUCAAUCUCAAAAACUCAAAGCCAUCACCUUCAGAAAAUGGCAAAGCAGGCUUUGAGCAACAUCCAAAUAAGGACAAUAAGAAGCAGUUUAGAUAUCCUAAUGAUAGCCUCAAAGAAAAGGAUGGUGAGGAAGAAGAAGAGGAAGAAGAGGUUAAAUUGAUUAGCAGCAUAUUUGAUCGAGCUAAUGAUAGCCGACCAGAUAUUGGUGAUGAAGAUUUUCUACCUGAAUUUGAAGACCUUCUUUCUGGGGAAAUCGAAUAUCCGUUACCAACUGACAAAUUUGACAGGGCAGAGAAAGAAAAAAUAUAUGAAACUGAGAUGGCAAACAAUGCAAGUGAACUGGAAAGGUUAGCAAUUUAGUAAAGGAACUGGAGGAGAGGAAGUGAAGCUUGAGGCUAAUUGCUUGAGUACUAUGGUUUAAAAGAGCAGGAAUCAGAUAUUGCUGAACUACAAAAGCAGCUUAAGAUCAAGACAGUUGAAAUUGACAUGCUGAAUAUUACCAUAAACUCUUUGCAAACCGAGAGGAAGAAGCUUCAAGAAGAGAUUGCGCAUGGAGCUUCUAUAAAGAAGGAGCUGGAGGUGGCUAGGAACAAAAUCAAGGAGCUACAAAGGCAAAUUCAACUUGAUGCUAACCAAACAAAAGCUCAGUUAUUGUUUCUCAAGCAACAAGUUUCUGGUCUUCAAGCAAAAGAGCAAGAAGCCAUCAAAAGUGAUGCUGAGAUUGAGAAGAAAUUGAAAGCUUUAAAGGAUUUAGAAAUUGAAGUUGUGGAGCUUAGGAGAAAGAAUAAAGAGCUUCAACACGAAAAGAGGGAGUUAACUGUUAAACUGGAUGCUGCUGAAGCAAAAAUAGUCUCCCUUUCCAACAUGACAGAGAAUGAAAUUGCAGCCACGGCAAGAGAAGAGGUCAAUAAUUUAAAACAUGCAAAUGAAGAUCUGCUAAAGCAAGUGGAAGGACUUCAGAUGAACAGAUUUAGUGAAGUUGAAGAGCUAGUGUAUCUUCGUUGGGUCAAUGCAUGCUUGAGAUAUGAACUCCGGAAUUACCAGACACCUGGAGGAAAAAUAUCUGCUCGUGAUCUCAAUAAAAGUCUGAGCCCUAAGUCCCAAGAGAAGGCUAAAAGGUUACUAUUAGAAUAUGCAGGGUCUGAACGUGGGCAAGGGGACACAGAUCUUGAAAGCAACUACUCUCAUCCAUCCUCUCCUGGAAGUGAGGAUUUUGAUAAUGCUUCUAUUGACAGUUCCAUGAGUAGAUACAGCAGUCUCAGUAAGAAACCUGGCUUAAUCCAAAAGCUGAAGAAAUGGGGCAAGAGCAAAGAUGAUUCAAGUGCUCUUUCGUCACCAGCCAGAUCCUUCUCUGGUGGCUCUCCAAGCAGGACUAGCAUGAGCCUCCGUCAGCGGGGUCCAUUAGAAUCACUUAUGCUGAGGAAUGCAGGUGAUGGUGUUGCAAUCACAACUUUUGGUAAAAUGGAGCAGGAACUCACUGGUUCCCCUGAAACUUCCACUCUUCCAAACAUUAGAACACAGCCUUCUUCUGGUGACUCUUUGAAUAAUGUUGCAGCAUCAUUCCAAUUAAUGUCUAAAUCAGUAGAAGGAACUCUAGAGGAAAAAUAUCCUGCUUUUAAGGACCGCCAUAAGUUGGCCAUGGAGAGGGAGAAACAAAUUAAGAAAAAAGCAGAACAAGCAAGGGCAGAGAGGUUUGGCGAAAAGACUGAACGAGAGAAACCUGUAAAUCUACCCCCAAAACUUGCUCAAAUAAAGGAGAAGACAGUUGUUUCUGGUAACUCAAAUGAGCAAUCCAAUGACGAUAAGGCUGUAGACUCUCAAACUAUCAGCAAGAUGAAACUUGCCCACAUUGAAAAGAGACCACCUAGGGUGGCCAGACCACCACCAAAGCCAUCCAGUGGCAUUUCUGCUGAUGCAAAUACCACUGCAGCAGGACAACCUCCACCACCUGGUGCGCCACCACCGCCACCGCCACCUCCUGGUGGACGACCACCUCCGCCUCCUCCUCCAGGCAGCCUACCUAGAGGGGCAGGCAGUGGCGAUAAAGUUCACCGAGCUCCUGAACUUGUUGAAUUCUAUCAGACAUUGAUGAAACGAGAAGCAAAGAAAGACACAUCAAGUUUGCUUUCUACAACUUCUAAUACAUCAGAUGCUAGGAGCAACAUGAUUGGAGAGAUUGAGAAUAGAUCGACAUUCCUCUUAGCUGUAAAAGCUGAUGUGGAAACUCAAGGUGACUUUGUUCAGUCCUUGGCAGCUGAAAUUCGGGCAGCUUCCUUCACCAACGUAGAAGACCUGGUGGCUUUUGUAAAUUGGCUAGAUGAGGAGCUUUCCUUCUUGGUUGAUGAACGAGCAGUUCUCAAGCACUUUGAUUGGCCUGAAGGAAAGGCUGAUGCAUUAAGAGAGGCAGCUUUUGAAUACCAGGACCUAAUGAAGUUGGAGAAGCUGGUCUCUUCCUUUGUUGAUGAUCCAAACCUUCCAUGUGAAGCUGCUCUGAAGAAGAUGUACAAGUUGCUUGAGAAAGUGGAACAAAGUGUAUAUGCCCUCUUGCGUACAAGAGAUAUGGCUAUUUCACGAUACAGGGAGUUUGGAAUUCCAGUGAAUUGGUUAUUAGAUUCUGGGAUUGUUGGCAAGAUCAAGCUUUCAUCUGUACAAUUGGCAAGGAAAUAUAUGAAACGUGUAGCAUCAGAACUUGAUGCACUGAGUGGACCGGAGAAAGAACCAAAUCGAGAGUUUAUACUUCUGCAAGGGGUCCGUUUUGCUUUCCGUGUUCAUCAGUUCGCGGGUGGUUUUGAUGCAGAAAGCAUGAAGGCUUUCGAAGAGCUCAGGAGCCGCAUGCAUACACAAACUGGAGAAGACAAUAAGCCGGAAGCAUGAUAAAUAUAUACUAUUUUUGGCCUUAUCUUUUCCUUGUUUCUCCACUGCUCUGUUGUAUAUUGCUUUUAUACUACUUGACAAUAUUCAACUAGAACUUACUCCAUACAGAUUGGAUAUUGUACAAUGAAGCUGUCCAGACACAGAAAAGGGAAAUAUUAAUAUGACUACAUGAGUAUUAAUUGUGA